GGAGGAGCUGGAGUCUGUGAUGAAGAGGAGUUCUGAGUCUUGAUGCAGGUUCUGGUUCAGGACUUAGAACAGUUUUAAAUUGGAACUGCAGGCUGUGGAUCAGACCAGAGACCUGUUCUGAGUCUGACUUCAGAACACUGUCGGACUUCAUCAGCCUGCCCGGUUCUGGUUCUGGACUUUUCCAUCAUGCGUUUCCUUUCCUUGCUGUGCGUCUCGAUGCUGUUGCUGGUGCACGCGCGUGCACACAGACGCCGGUCCACCUCCAACUGUCCCCACAAGUGUGACAAGUCCUCGUGUCCUCCGAUCCCGGCCGACUGUCUUUCUGGAGACACUCUGGACCGAUGCGACUGCUGCCCGGUGUGCGCGUCCGGGGAGGGUGAGCGCUGCGGCGGCGCAGACGCGCAGGAGUGCGCGCAGGGUCUGGAGUGUGUGGUGAGCGGCGGCGUGCAGGUCUCGUCCACGGUGAGACAGAGGAGCGCGGCGGGCGUGUGCAUGUGCAGCAGUUCGGAACCUGUGUGCGGCAGCGACGGCGUGACGUACCGGAACAUCUGCGAGCUGAAAAGCGCAGGCGACAAAGCGACGAAGCUGCAGCUGCUGCAGCCAGUAGUGGUCCAGACAGGAGGCUGCACUACAGUUCAACAGAAUCCCGACAGCCUUCGUUACAAAUACAACUUCAUCGCUGAUGUGGUGGAAAAAAUCGCCCCAGCUGUUGUUCACAUUGAACUGUACCGCAAGAUGAUCUUUACCAAGCGUGAAGUCGCUGUGGCCAGUGGCUCCGGCUUCGUGGUGUCAGAGGACGGACUCAUCGUCACCAACGCUCACGUCGUAGCCAAUAAGCACAGAGUGAAGGUGGAGCUGAAGAGUGGAGCCACAUUUGAUGCAAAGAUCAGAGACGUGGACGAGAAAGCCGACAUCGCUCUGAUCAAGAUCAAUGCACCGAUGAAGCUUCCGGUGCUGCAGCUCGGACACUCUGCCGACCUUCGACCCGGGGAGUUUGUGGUUGCCAUCGGUAGCCCCUUCUCGCUGCAGAACACCGUCACCACUGGUAUCGUUAGCACCACCCAGAGGGGAGGAAAAGAACUGGGCCUCCGAAACUCCGACAUGGAAUACAUUCAGACGGACGCCAUCAUCAAUUAUGGCAACUCAGGAGGACCACUAGUCAAUCUGGACGGAGAGGUCAUCGGCAUCAACACUCUGAAGGUCACGGCUGGGAUCUCUUUUGCCAUCCCUUCAGAUAAGAUCAGAGAGUUUCUGACGGAGUCACAUGAUCGUAUGGUCAAAGGACAAACAUCACCAAAGAAGAAAUACAUUGGUGUCAAGAUGAUGAGUCUCACCCCAACCAUGAGCAGAGAGCUGAAGGAGCGACAGGCAGACUUUCCUGAUCUCUCCUCUGGAGCUUACGUCUUUGAGGUCAUCAAACGCACACCGGCUGAAAAGGCGGGCCUAAAGGAAGGUGACAUCAUCAUCAGCAUAAAUGGAGAGCCAAUAACCUCAGCCACCGACGUCAGCAACAUCAUAAAGCGUGAUGACACACUGAGAACUGUAGUGAGAAGAGGAAAUGAGGACGUCAUCCUAACUAUUGUCCCCGAGGAGAUCGAGCCUUGAUGUCUCCGGUGACCUGGACCAAUACCCAGCUGGCUCUGAGUGGUUCCUCCAAUCGAGGAGACUCUGAAAAACUUGGUUAACAGUAGGGAGGGAGCGUUAGUGUCCAGGAGCAUAUUUUCUUCAUCGUGCUAUUACACACACUCGCCACUAGGGGGUCUAGGAUGUGAACGGAACAUUUUUGGCAUUUUACUUUAUAUUUUUCGUUUUUUGUUUUACUUUUCCAUCAUGGUCUGAGUUUAUACUCAUUUUACACAUGUUUAUUGACAAAGCACUUGUAGAAAGUUACUGUAUUUUUAUUUCAAAGAUAUUUUUUAUCUUUUCUGUUCAGAAAAAGGGUAAUAAAUUUUUUUUUGGAAACUUG